AUUCCACCUCUGGCUUUGGGCUAAACCCCAAUGUCCUGAAAUCCUAGAAACCCCCUGGUAAACAUGUUCUAUAAGCAGAACUGUAUAUGUUAUUUUAUGGAUUUGGCCAGCUAAGAAAGGCAGGGGUUUCAUUUGAAACAUUGCCUAAUUGUUUACCAGUAAAUUUGGGCUGAAUUAAUUAUAUUUGUGUCAUCCAUUUCCUGCAAAGCUUUACACCAGCCGGCCUAUACUGUCCAAAUAUUGUUUAAGUCUGAAUUUAAUAGCAUAUAGCCAGCCUAUUUAUGUAUUUUUUACCUGUGCUUCUUGAAACGAUCUACAAGUCUGGGUGGCAGCAGAGAGCACUAAGUGAUGCUGAAUUUCCAGACAGCGAUUCGCCACAGACAGAACCGCUAAAGCUGGGCGGUGAAAAAAACUCGCGAGCACACUUCCACUCUGUUUCUACCACUUCGAACCACUCCGGCGAGAUAUAGUUGCAUAUGUUAGUGCAAUAUGAGUAGAAGAUGUGCCAAAACCUAAACGGAAUUAACCAUAAAACAUCAUUAGGCCUACAGCGUGUUAUGUUAUUGUAGCCUAAUUUGCCGUUUCCAUCUCUAUGCGCUGUUAAAUCCGGUUUAAUAGGGAUUGCUGCAGUUUAUUUGUUUGCAGUUGUGAGAUAAAAGCUCGACUUCUUCUGCCUUUUCUGAUAGGGGUUUCAUUUCUGUUUUUCUGUAUUUGUCAAAGCGGAAUGAAUGACAAAGACAAAGGCGGAUGUUAAUUCGCCAACUCACUUUGUCUCGCCGAAGGAAAGGAGACACAGGCACAAAAUGGAAAGCGGGACGGAGAGCGCCGACAGCGGGCAGGCGAAGCCUCAACAACAGCACCAGUUCGAGCAACAGCCCGUAGUGCAGCCCAUUCAAGUCAACGCAAAGAAAAAAAAUAAUCGGGCUCCAUCACCCGCCAGACCCAAGGAUGUGCCUGGAUGGUCCCUCACCAAGAUCCGUGGAGGAAUCGGUACACCAACACUGAGCGUUAAACCAGGAUCCAUACAUUUAGGCAGCCGGGUGUCCAGGCGUAGUCCGGUUAGCGGGAAAGAGACGAAAUCUGAGAAAGGAAAACUGACGGGAAAAUCCACGGUAUCGGUAGCCAGUGCCCAGAAGAGCAGCAGUAAAUCGAUGAAAGGUGGUCGGAGGAAGGUGUCCGAUGCGAGCAACGCCUCCGACGACCAGAGCAAAGACUCCGGUUGCGCUGCGGGCAAACGUUCAUCAACCGAUAGCAGUUCCGAGCUCUCCGAUUGUGCCUCAGAGGAGAAUAAACUAUCCACGGACGCUCUGAGUAGUGACACCGAAUCCAACAGCCGAGGCGGGGGUCUUGAUGGCGAUAAACCAAGCAGUGACUGCGGACAUGGGCCACCGGAUAGGGGUAGUCGUGGUGACCAUCACGCCAAGACCCCAGUGGAUAAGGACCGAACCUCCCUGGGAGUGGAGACCGUAGGGGGGAGCAUUUCUCCUGGGGAUGAACGGUCUCUCACCUCGUUCGACAGCCGGGUGCCUGCCAGCACAUCCCUAGCUUUCUCCGACCUGACGGAAGAGUUCAUGGAUGGCAUGCAUGAAGAAUUAGUCAGAGAAAUCGAGGAACUGAGAUCAGAGAACGAUUACCUAAAAGAUGAGAUGGAGGAGCUGCGCUCUGAGAUGUUGGAGAUGAGGGAUAUGUACAUGGAGGAGGAUGUGUACCAGCUGCAGGAGCUGAGGCAACAGUUUGAGCAGGCUAACAAGACCUGCCGCAUCCUGCAGUACCGCCUCCGCAAGGCCGAGAGACGCAGCCUCCGCGUGGCCCAGACGGGACAGGUAGACGGGGAGCUCAUCCGGACCCUGGAGCAGGACGUCAAGGUGGCUAAAGACGUGUCCAUCCGGCUGCACAACGAGUUGGACUCUGUGGAGAAGAAGAGGGGUCGUCUGGAGCAGGAGAACGAGGAGCUGAGGGUCAGGCUCCAGGACCUAGAGGUGGCCAAGCAGGUCCUGCAGACUGAGAUGGAGAAGCAACGAGAGAACUCUCUGAAGAAGAGAGGCGCUCGGCCAAACAACAAGCCAGAGAAGAAGCCAUCUGUCCAGCAGGAGGACAACUCUGACCUCAAGUGCCAGCUCCAUUUUGCCAAGGAGGAGUCCGUUCUCAUGUGUAAGAAGCUGACCAAGAUGGCCAAGGACAGCGAGGCCAUGCGGGAGGAGCUGGCCAAGUACCGCUCGGUCUACGGCGAUGUGGACGCCUCACUCACCGUGGAGGAGGUCAACGACUCACCCCACACCCGUGAGGCCGAGGUUAGAGUUCACCUGAAGCUGGUGGAGGAGGAAGCCAACCUGCUGAGCCGGCGCAUCGUGGAACUAGAGGUGGAGAACCGUGGCCUACGGGCCGAAAUGGACGACAUGAAGGGCCAGGAGCUGCCUCCAGGGCUGGGGCUGGGAGGCAUGGGAGGCCCUGGAGGAGGAGGUCUGGAUAACGUGAUGGAGCUCCAGAGGCACCUGCAGUUUGUGGAGGAGGAAGCGGAGCUGCUACGGCGCUCGCUGCUGGAGAUGGAGGAGCAGAACAAGCUGCUGAUGAAUGAGAUCAACCGCUACAAGUCGGAGCUGCCGCUGACGUUGGACCCAAACCAGGAUGACUCCUCGUCCAUCUCUCUCCUGGAGGAUGGUCAUGGUGGGGGAGCUCUCAUCAGCACCGAGGCCCCCCAUGAGGAGCUGCUGCAGGCCGCCAGGCUCCAGAUCGGGGAGCUGAGCGGCAAAGUGAAGAAGCUCCAGUACGAGAACCGUGUGUUGCUGUCCAACCUGCAGCGCUGCGACCUGGCCUCCUACCACAGCUCUUCUAGGCCCGCCCUGGAGACCGACGCUGAGGCAGGGGACUCGGCCGAGUGCCUCCCCAGCCAAGCGUGCCGGGAAGGCCCCAUCGGAGGGGAGAACAAGCCCCUGGAGGAAAAGGAGAAGAAGACGUCCACGGGGGUUCCCAUUCACCUGCACGGUAACGUCCCCCUGGGGCUGAAUGACCAUGAGGCCCUGCUGGCCAUGAGGGACCAGGCCCGCCUCAUCUCUACAGCCAUCCAGCUGCUGACCGCUUCUGAUUCCAACUGCCCCUCCCUCUCCCUUUACCGCAAGAUCUCCUCCAACUACUCCGGGGAGACUGCUGAGCCCUGUGUCCCAGAGAAGAGCCAGCAGUCCCAACCCUCGGAGCUCCAGGACCUGCCCCUGGUGGAGGCUCUGACGGGCAGGCUGCGAGCACUGCACACCCAGCUCCAGGCCUUCGUGAAGCGAGUGGAGAGCCUUGGCAGCGCCCCUCCUGGGAGGGAGCAGGUGGAGGUGGCAUCCCCCCUGCCUCUACUGUCCGAAGCUGGAGACUCCGUGGUGGAUACGCCCUCUGCCUCACACCCCUGCCCUCCAGACGACCAGGCGGGUGAGAUCACUGCAGGGCAGAAGCAGCCCGACUUUAGGGACCAAUCAGAGCGCGAAGUGAAAGGUCAGGAGGAGGAGGAGGGUGACAGCCACAUUGACAGCAACAAGAACCAGGUUAAACAGGAGACGGACACAGCCCUGCAGAUCAGUGAGCUGCAGGACCUUCUGUUGGAGGCGAGGGACAAUGCUUGCAGGACGCAGGAGGAACUGUCUGUGGAGAGGCAGGAGGAACUGUCUGUGGAGAGGCAGGAGGAACUGACUGUGGAGAGGCAGGAGGAACUGACUGUGGAGAGGCAGGAGGAACUGACUGUGGAGAGAUGGGAUCACAGAGGCCCCACCCACAGCAGCUCACAGACAUUCACACAGCUGCAGGAGGAGCACCAGAAGGCCCUAACGAGAAGGGACUUCCAGCUACAGAGUCUGAGUCUGCAGACGCGGCUGCAGCAGAAGUUCUGGAGCCAAGAGAGGAACCUGAUGUUGCAGGAGUCCCAGCAACUCAAGCAGACCCUGCUGCUGCUCAGCCUCAAGCUGCGUUGCUUCCUCAAACAGUGGCGGCUGGGACGCAAGCUGGACACGGAGGCCAAGGAUGUCCUGGAGGUGAACAGCCUGAAGGACCUGUACCUGCUGUUGGAGGAGGAGAGUCUGGCCGCCCACCCCCAACAGGGAGACAACAAGAUUACCUCCGCAGAGGAGCAGCACCUCUGCCCCACCAUCUCCAAGGAGCUUUGUGUGCUGGAGAAGAGCUACACACAGACGAGCGGCGUGAGCAGCACACUGGCGGACCUGAAAGGAGCGCUCCAGGAUCUGAGCGGAGAGCUGCGAGAGGAGCGCCAGGGCUCACAGGAACUGACCCAGCAGUUUGCCCGCGCUAAGGCCUCCUGGGAGGUGGAGAGGAUAGAGCUCAAGAGCCUCAUUACCCAGCUGGAGAGCAAGGCGGGCUUGGCUGCCCUGGCCGGGGGGGAGAAGGACCUCCAAGGACCUCCCGACCUGAAGGUGGCACUGAAGAGGGAGCGUGAGGAGCACCAGCACCUCCUGGCCGACUCAUAUGCCGCCGUCAUGGACCUGACCAAGCAGCUGCAGAUGGGCGAGAGGAACUGGAACCGCGAGAAGCUGGACCUCCUAGAGCAUUUCAGUCAGGAGAGGGGCCAGUGGGAGCAGAGGCUACAGUGCAAGAUGUCUCUGCACUACAAAACCAUCCCUGAAACAAAAACUGCACUGGACGUUGUUACAAAUGGAACCAAUUUAUCAAGGACCAAGUCCAUCCCGUCCAUGUUGGAGGGUCUGCUGGAGGCCUGUCCUUUCCUUCCGAGUCAGGAGGUCAAUGGUACAGCCAAUGAGGAGGGAGAGAAGGACCAGCCCAGCACCCAGGCCCCUCCCCUUCUAACCCACACAGACCCGGGUGACCUCACCAGGAAGAACUGGAAGUACCUGACCAAUGAGAUGGCUUUGAUGGAGCAGGGUGAUGCCCCCUUCAAGACGUGGGACUGUCCCAGCUCCCCCAGCAGUUUCCUGGACCUGGAGAGCAUCCAGAGGAGCUACACGGCCCCCGACAAGACCGGCAUCCGCAUCUACUACAGCCCCCCUACCAUGCGCCGUAUGGAGAGCCGGCUGGCCAAGGAGAAGCAGGACAAACCUCAAGCCCAGCAAGGCCACCUGUCUCGGGCUUCAACUCCCUCAGACGCUGUGGCCCUGGAGGGCCAACCUCCCUCCUCCUCCUCUGCCUCCUCCUCUUCGUCCUAUGACCAGUGGUUGAGCUCUCUGUCCAAGCAGCACAGGGACCUUCUGGAGAACAGCAGCGGUGGCGCGGGGGUGGCGCCCUUCCAUGGCCUGGAGAUCUCUGCCAACCUCUCGGACGACAUGAAGGAGAUGACCAACUGUGUGCGCCAGGCCAUCCGCUCCAGCUCUCUGGAGAGGAAUUGCAGCAAGGAUGCGAGCAGCCAGACGGUGGGGGUGUCUAGCCGCUCCACCCAGACGGUCCAGUUUGUGAGCGUGGGGCUGCAGACGGACGGGCUCGGGUCUCGGGGGGUGGGGGGCUUCCACACCAAAUCCUCCUGGUCCCCCCGGCCCUCGUCAUCGCUGGCCUCGGCCCGCUCGCGCCACAUCUCCUCAUCACUGGAUAAGGUGCACAGCCGAAUCGACAGGCCCUGCUGCUCACCCAAGUUCGGCUCCCCCAAGCUACAGCGACGCAUUUCCGCCUCCUCCUCCAAGCUGGACGGAGGAGGAUUGUCCUCGGCUUCAUCCAGAGACCGCAGCCUGUGGAACCUCCACCAGCGGUCCUCGACAUCCAGCGGCUCGGCCUGGGCCCGUUCUACCACCACCAGGGACAGCCCCGUGCUCAGCGGCCUCAACGAUGGCCUGUCCAGCCUGUUCAGCGUGGUGGAACACUCCGGCAGCGUAGAGUCUCUGUGGAAGAGUGAGCCAGGGGCCAGCCCAGCCCGCCAGGCAGCAGGGAAGCCCUCUGGCCCUGGACCAGACACCGGAGCCCAGAAAUACGGCCCCUUCCAGGAGUUUUUCAGGAACGUGUGCGGCCGGACCGGAACGACCAUGCCCGGGGGAGGGGAGAGGGGGCAGAGGGAGGUGGGGGCCAUGGAUGAGCCCAAGCCUGAGUGCCUCUCCGGGGUUUCGCUGGUGGGGAACGACAGCGUCACCAAGAUCGUCAACAAGAGGUUCAUGAGACAGAUGCCCAGGGAGGAGUUGGGGGCCUCUGCUAACGAUCUCACUGCCAGGGACCUGACCUUGAGCUCCAGCAUGGAGGAUGCAGCGUGUGAUUGCAACUCCCAGUCUCUUACAUCCUGCUUCGCCCGGCCCUCCCGCUCAGCCACACGCCAUUCACUGGGCCACUGCAUGCACCGCUCUCAGGAGCCUCCCACGGCAACGGAGGAGAGAGUAGAUGCAGGCAAUGAGUGAUGGAUCAGUGAGAACACACACACACACACACACAUACUGCCUCACCAACACACUGCCACAUAAGCUACAGUACUGUCACAAAACAUAGACAAAAACACACUGCUACAUACAUACUGUACAUACACACAAUCCCUCACAAACUGCCACACAGAACCACUGUCACAUGCACACACUCACACACACACACACACACCUGGAAUUGGAACUCAACCCAAGCAGCACAUUCUAAUGCCUCCUAGGAUUCCUCUUUGAGCACCAGAACCACUACCAACUACCAGCAGGACAACAAACUCACACACAACACACAUACUGGAACAGUAAUGACACACUACUUCCUAUAUACUGCAGUAUUUAGGGAAUAGGGUGCUAUUUUGCACACAAACAGUUUGUGGAAACGACCACCUAGGAAUUCAGACAGUCUUAUAUGAUGUCAGAACUCAUAACACUCUACUUUACCUAUUUUUGGAAUUGCAUAGGGAGAACACUGGGCUACUAGAUUUCUACAAAGUGGAUCUUCCCAACCGACAGGGAUAUGAGUUGGUUUGUUAGCUGCUCCCAUUCCAAAUACCAAUCCUAUUCCCAGUCCAAUUCCCUAGCCAGCACCAGUCCCUUCCCAACCCAGCAUCUGGAGAGCUCUGUCCAAGCCUCCUCCCUAACACCAAGCAGAGGAUUCUACUGGUGUGGACCACCUCUUGCCAUAAUAACCCAACAACCAU